AAAGUGAAAAACAACAUGAUAAAUGUUUUGUUUUCACUACCACUUGCUGAAGUGGACUUCGAUCGGAGUGUGCUGUACAGUACAAUCAUUUUAGCAGUACUCUUGACUGGUAAAAAUAGAUCAGAGAAAUUUUUGUUCAAGCUAUGGGAAAUGACUCGAUGGCAGACAUGGUCCAAAAUGGCACUUAAUCGCCACAAAAUCAUGUUUGAUGGUCUUCGUUGGGGAGUUCCAUUAAGACAGAUUAAGAAACUUCUUUCGAUUCACAAAAUAGUGCGACGCAAAAGAUCCAGCAUUCACAAGAAACGAGGACAUAAAAAUGUUAAUCGCACGAUUGAAAUGUAUCGCAUCAUGCCACUCAAGGCGAUGUCCCGAGCCUGGGGGAAAUUUAACCAGCUAGAAUUGCCGGUCAUUCUAAGGAGACCACUGUUAGGACUGUACGUCUGGAUGUUCGACUGCAAGCUGGACGAAGCCAUGGAAACGGAACUGAGGAACUAUCGCAACCUUGGUGAAUUCUUCAGACGUAUUCUAAAACCGGACAUGCGACUGAUCUCAAUAAAAGAAGAACUGACAAAUCCAGCAGAUGGAAAGAUCCUUCACUUUGGAGAAGUUACAGAUGGAAUUUUAGAACAAGUGAAAGGAGUAAAUUACUCCGUCAAACAUUUUUUGGGACCACAGACCUGGAUGAACGACUCUAACGCCCCCACACCACCGGCGAACAUGACGGACGAAGAGUACUUCCGGGGAUUGAAAUUAAGACCCGGAAACAAACUUUACCACUGUGUUGUGUACCUGGCUCCUGGGGACUACCACAGGUUUCAUUCCGCUGCCAAGUGGGACAUUACCUACAGACGCCAUUUUCCUGGAGAACUACUGAGUGUAAAUCCAGGUAUCGCUCGUUGGAUCCACGGUCUGUUUGUCCUUAAUGAACGAGUGGCUUACAUGGGGGAAUGGGAACAUGGCUUCUUCUCCUAUACUGCAGUAGGCGCCACGAAUGUAGGAUCCAUCAAGAUUUACUGUGAUCAGGAAAUGAUGACGAACGUAAAACAUCACCCAGACACGCGUCUUACCCCUGGUGUGUACUUCGAUAAAGACUUCCGACAAAACCCAAUCCAUGUGGAAAAGGGUGAAAUGUUUGGCGAGUUCAAUCUGGGAUCCACCAUUGUGCUGGUAUUUGAAGCACCUGAAAAUUUCGUCUUCAACGUCAUCAACGAUCAGAAAGUCCGCAUGGGUGAACCAAUGGGCACGUGUAUACCAUAAAGUAACUGACAAACCGGAAGUGGAGAACGCAAUAUCUGUGAUACAUUGACCUUAUUCAUGAGCUGCUCAAUUUUGUUCUUUAUUGGAGAGAUGUAAUUGAAAAUGACGUCAAUAUGUCAUUGAGUUUUUUCAACUCUGAAAAUGCUUUUAAAAUGUAACUGUAAUGUCGCAACUGGUGUG